AUGUACGUAUACUCGGACGAUGUGGCCAAGGAAGGAACCUACCGGGAAGCUUCCUGGUUCCUGCUUCCUUUCCCAUCUCGUCUCACGGAAGCCAAGCACCACCUCUCCCAUCACCUUUCCCAUCUCGUCUCACACAAGUCAGGCACCACCACCUCUCGGGCUCCUGCUCACAGCCAUCACCUUCCCCAUCCCACACGAGCUAAGCGCACACAGCAACUGCCACAGAUCCGUGCCCGGCGAGCUAGCCAGGACUCCAUCGGCUUCUCCGCCUCACCUCUCCGCAGCGAGCAGUGCAGAGCCGAGGCAGGCAGGCAGGGGAUGAAGCGCGUAGUGGGGAGCCCGGGGACAUGGAGCGGCAUGGCACUGCGGCUGUCGCAGUGCGUCUUUGCCGCCGCGUCCACCUUCGCCAUGGCCUCAGGCUUCAGCUACUCCAACUACAGCGCCUACUUCUACAUGAGUCUAGCGUUGAUCCUGCAGCUGAUGUGGAGUUUGGGCCUUGCUUGUAAGGAUAUCUUUGCUCUAAGGAAUAAAAAGGAUCUUCACACCCGAGAUAAUGUAUUGAUCAUUGUUAUGGUUGACUGGGUCGUGGCGGUUUUCAUGUUCUCAGGAGCCUGUGCCUCCGCGAGCCUGACAAUUUUCUUGAUGUGGGAUGUGCACUUCUGUGAGACAUACUCGAAGCUGGCCUGCCGGCAGUUCGCGCUUUCGGUCGUCCUGGCGUUCAUCACAUGGUUGCUGCAAGCUGCGUCUUCUUUCUCUGUGUUCUGGCUACUGGUUUCGUUCUACUAG